GUUUUGCUUCCGCCGCCGCUGGCAACACCCAAGACUCCUCAAGCAGAAGAGGCGAUGGAUCUACCGGCGGAGAAUGGUAUGCGGAUUAAUCCAGACGUUAUCUUAUUGACUGUUCUCUCUCUUUUCUUGGAGGGGGGAUUCCUAUCGAAGAUUCAUUUUCGUUAUCGAUUUGAUCGAGAAUUUUUUUUUUCUUCCUAGUCUAACCAUCCUGUUUUAGGUCUCGCACUCGCAUGAAUGGAGCAACACAAACCUUCCGCCGUCCGUCAGUUGCUACGAACCCUUCUCACACUCGAGAUCCAAACCAACCUCCAUCCGCUACCACUCCGACUGGCGGUGCCUAUAACUCGCACAUGUCCUCGAAUUUCCCCUCCAGCGCAGUUCGUAACGGAGUGUCUAGCGAUACUCGGUACUCAAAAGAUCAACUUCUCAGUCUGUACAAGGUUCAGCGCGAGUCUGGGAUUUUGAUUAAGAAUGUCGCCGAAUAUUUUGUGGCCGACUGGAAUCCCCACAUUGAGCCAUCCCCGCUGAAUGGAGCUUGGGGAAAGCGGGAUGACCAUAAGGAUAAUCCGUCUGGACCUGAAGUGUGUUGGGAUCAUGGAGGGCAGGUUGAGCCCUUGGGGCUAGUGGAUAUGACUGAUGAUGAGAAAGAGUCAUUCUCCCUCUCGGUCAAUUCCCCGCUUAAGCCUCCCCCAACGAACGCUUCGAAAGAAAAUAAUACAGGUACUGGAGGAGCACCAGGGCGCAAAGCUUCGAUUUCUUACCCCCAAGGCAAUGCGAAUACAUACAACUCCUCGUCCCCUAGCACGGCAAGGGCGGGUCCCAGGCGCCGGGAAACCGGCGAAUCGACUGGGAAUCCUAUGUCCCCGACGGCUGGAGGCUCUCGCUUUUUCCGGGACGAACCUACUACGUCGACUCCACCUCCAUCCCUCCUACGUCGCAAGACCGACUUUCGGGACACUACCACAUCUAGCACCAAGUGGGAAGAGAAGGAAAAAGAAACUCAAACUCGAGAGGCAGCGGAAGCUACUUCUCCAUUUGGUUCUUUGAAGCGCAGUUCGACCAAUCCUGUGGCACUAGGUGGUGGUUCGAAUUCUCCGUGGCCGUCAGCUUCCCAAAACGCCAAUUUUUCGCCGAUGGGAGCUUUUGGUGCGUUCUCUUUGGGGACCGGUGCUUCGCAAACCCCAACAACAGAAAAGAAACCGGGGUUCGGUAGCCUGCGCGGUGAGAGUCGGUUGAAGGGCUUGUUUUCGAAGGAUAGCUCCGAGGACAUGCAGUCAUCCAUCAAGGAGAAGCCGUCUUUGAGCAAUCUGGAGCGUCUAGGUGAGAAUGAGACAGAAAAGCGUUCGCAAUCACCCUGGGGAGAAAAUUUCAAAACACGUGCUAGCCGAAGCGAAACGAACCCCUUUCCGGAUGAACCUCGUAGCGGAAGCGCGGCGCUCGGAGGCUCUCAGGACGUUAGUGCGCCACCCCAGACAGUCGACCAGCUUGGGUUCUCUGCCUUUGGGAUGACCUCCAGCAUCCCUGGCUUCCGUGAGUUGAUGCAGAGCCAUGAAAAUUCCCGCAACCCUACCCCAAACCUCUUAGGCCAAGAACCUACAAGUCCUACUAAUACGAACCCGUACCAGAGCCCCCACGGCGAUAGAGGGGAUGUGGAUGAUGUGGAUACUGAUGGAUCGGACAUUCAAACCACUAACCACCCUGGGCUCAGUGGCUUGCGCGACUCGGCCGCCUUUGGUUCGAUCCGUCGCGUUGGAUCUGGAAUGGACUUGCCUUCCGUUGACCGUAGCCAGACCUCAAGCGUCACCGGUAACCGCAGCUUUUCAAACCUCGGCGGCCUGGCGGGACUGGGGUCUCUUGGGGCUGGCUCAGGAUGGCCGUCGAGCGGUGCGGUUGGAACACCAACCAAGGAGAGGUCUGCCUUUGUCAGUGGCUUUGGUGACCCGAUAUUUGGCUCAAUGGCUGACCUCCAGUCCCCAAGCCUGUCGACUUUGGGAGGAGGUGGCCUGUUCAGCCCUCAUGCUGGAAUCUCGGGCACAGGAAGCAUUGGCCGAUCAAGCAAACUAGGAUCACUCUUCCCCCAGGCCAUGCAGGAACAAAUUCAAGGUGAACAGGCCAGACAAGAUCUAGGCGGCCUGGAUGACAUUUCUCAGCAAGCAGGUGAGGUCCAGCAAGGGGAUAAACCCGGUCAAACCACACAGCCUGCAACCACUUCCACUUCCCAGACCCCCGUCUCCGCUGUUGGCUCCAUCCCAGCCAUGGCCCCUGAAGCUGCACAGGCUGGUCAGAUUCCUGGAAGCGCUGGUGGUUCGGUUCCUGCGGCUCAGCAGCGGACCAUGGUGAUGCCGGAUCGGAUGCGUUGGAUCUACCGGGACCCCCAGGGCAACAUUCAGGGUCCCUGGACUGGUCUUGAGAUGCAUGAUUGGUUCAAGGCAGGCUUCUUCAGCCCUGACCUACAGAUCAGAAAGCUGGAGGAUCCGGAGUUUGAGCCAUUAGCGCAACUAGUGCGACGCAUUGGCAACUCACGGGAGCCUUUCCUGGUUCCACAGAUUGGCAUUCCCCAUGGACCUGAACCGACUCCCAAUACCUGGACAGGUAGCACCGCUGGCGCCGCUCAACCUCCUUUCCCUGGCAGCUUCCCAAGCUUCGGUACCACGCUAACCGCUGAGCAACAAAAUGCCCUAGAGCGCCGAAAGCAGGAGGAGCAGUACCUGAUGGCGCGCCAGAAGGAACAUCUUGCCCAGCAGCAAGCGCUGAUGAAGCAGAUGCAAUUCCAGGGCGUCCCUCACGGCAUACAUCCUCAUCAACUUCAACACCACUCGAGCGCCCAUAGCCUUCAUAGUCAGCCUAGUUUUGGCAGCAUCGCUUCCCCUGUUGGUUUCCAGCCAUCCCCUAUCCAGGGUCCUAUGCAACAGCAACAACAGCAGCAACAGCAGCAGCCUGGAUCAGCUUUCUUUGAUGGUGCUGGCCCGAUGAGACCAAACCCUCUGCCAAAUGCCGGCCCCCAGAUGAUUGGCACCGAUUUCCUGAACACCAGCCAAGAUCAGCUCCCUACGCUCCUUGAUCGCCUGAACGUGACCCGACCUGACCCUUUCGCCUUUGGUAGCCCCGCUUCUUUUUCUGCUCGCCAGCCGGACAACUUGUUUCAUUCCCAGCAGGUGGCAACUAUGCUUCAAGACCGAGCUCGACUGCAGCAGGAACAAGAGCAGUAUGACAGCGCACAAGGUGACAGCUUGUUCGACCAACAGGCUCGUGAGGAACGACUCCGGCAAUUUCACGCACUGAGAAUUCAGGAAGGUGAAUUCGGCCUACGAACUGCCGAGGGCUUGCCUACUCAUCCGACAUCUCAGCCAACUGAACUUGAGUCAAGCGUCGCCGAGCUAGAAAUAGUUGAAUCUGUAGUCGAAACCGAAGAGCCUAUCCUGACUCUUUCCCAGCAGGUUCAGAAGGCGGCCUCUGCUCAACGACAGCAGCAAGAGCAGGAACACCAGGAGCAGAAAAGCCAGCAGCAGCAGCAACAACAACAACAACAGCAGCAGCAGGCCCAAGCCGCUAGUGAUAUCGCGUGGGCUACCAAGGGUGAUUCAGCGAUGCCACAGCCAUUCCCUCCCCCACCCUCCGCUUCACCCCUCCCAGCUCCGGCAGCCCAGCGCAACCGCCAGAAUGUCGCUGAAUCUCUAGCGGCCAACUCCCGUUCGCAGACCCAAACCCCUGUGGAAGCCCCUACGACCUCGAUCGCCCCUUGGGCUAAGGAGGCGAACGAGAUGCCCAAGGGACCGUCCCUCAAGGAAAUCCAAGAAGCCGAGGCCCGCAAUGCUGCACAGAGAGAAGAACUGGCAGCGGCCGCUCGUCGCGCCCAGCUUCUUGCGGAACAGGAGCGUCUCAGCCAAGCUGCAGUCCAGGCACCUGGUCUCCCAUCCACUGCUAACUGGGCGAGCGCUGGAUCCCCCGUGGCUCCUGCUGCUUCGGGAUCGGUGUGGAAUAACAAGACCCAAACCCCUACGACUGGUGCUGCAAAGAAGACUCUGGCUCAGAUCCAGAAGGAAGAAGAGGCCCGUAAGCAGCGUCUAGCGGCGGCGGCGGCGGCGGCGGCGGCUGUUGCGACCCAAAAUGUUACCAGCCAUUCACCCGUUCCUUCCUCUGUCGGCAAACGCUAUGCUGAUUUAGCCAGCAAGGCUCCGGCUGUGUCCUCUGUCAGCGCCGCGAGCUCUGGCGCAUGGACCACGGUUGGUGCUGGCGGUAAGGCCAAGGCACCACCUGCGGCACCCACCGGGCCUCGCUCGGCCAGCGGUUCCAUUCCUGGUGCGGCAGUCUCCCCAGUGAGGCCAAAGCCAGCCACGAUUAUUAGCACGCCUGCGCGAUCCUUGCCUGUGAGCAGCGCAUCUUCCAACCCGAACCGGGCUAUGGAAGAGUUUACCAAAUGGGCCAAGCUCACACUAGGCAAGGGGCUAAAUAGCAACAUCAAUGUGGAUGACUUUGUUCAGCAACUGCAGCUUCUUCCGGCGGAAACGGAGAUCAUUUCGGACUCGGUUUAUGCCAACUCCCAGACGCUCGAUGGACGGCGGUUCGCCGAGGAGUUUAUCCGACGACGCAAGCUAGCUGACAAGGGAAUUGUCGAAUCCGUGGCGGCCAGUGCUCUGGCGGAGCAGAAGAACGGCGGGGGCUGGAGCGAGGUAGCUAAGAAGGGGUCAUCAAGCGCACCACGGGAGGAAGACACCAGCAGCGCGGCUUUCAAGGUGGUUGCACCUCGCAAGAAGGGCAAGCGGUGAUAUGACUCAUUUGGACGAGGCAUGAAGUGAAGAUAAUGAGUGAUGUGAUGCAUGUUGUAUUGGACAGACAGAACAGAGCUUUGGCAUAGUGCUGCAUAACUGAGGGGGAUUUUCUCCGCAGUUCAUAUAUUUAUUAGUUAGUGACUCAUUACUCACCCACUGUAUUAUAUCCACAUAUAACCACUGGUUUCCUCUGUAAACUGCACCUUUCUUUUCUCAACUUGUUUUGCUUUGACAUCCAUCCAGGUUAUCGCUGACUUUGCAAUGGCCGGUCCAAC